AUGGGUUCGAGUAAACUUAAACGAGCCAUAGGAGCCGUGAAGGACCAGACGAGCGUCGGUCUAGCCAAAGUCAACGGUCGAAGCGCUUCUCUAUCGGAACUUGACGUAGCCAUCGUCAAAGCGACACGUCACGAAGAGUAUCCAGCGGAAGAGAAAUACAUAAGAGAGAUUAUUAGCCUAACUUCCUACUCACGCAGUUACAUCAACGCCUGCGUCAGUACGCUUUCGAGACGUCUUAACAAAACCAAAUGCUGGACCGUCGCUCUCAAGACAUUGAUCCUGGUCCAACGUCUCUUAGGAGAAGGAGAUCAAGCCUAUGAGCAAGAGAUCUUCUUCGCCACUCGCCGUGGGACCAGGCUUCUCAACAUGUCUGAUUUUAGGGAUGUUUCGCGCUCCAAUUCUUGGGACUACUCUGCUUUCGUAAGGACUUACGCCUUGUACCUCGACGAAAGGCUUGAUUUUAGGAUGCAAGCGAGACACGGGAAACGUGGACUUUACUGCGUCGGAGGAGAAGCCGAGGAAGAAGAUAAAGAGAAAGCCGCGGCAGAUCUCUCCACGGCUAUCGUGGUUAGGUCGCAGCCGAUCGCUGAGAUGAAAUCAGAGCAGAUUUUCACCAGAGUGCAACAUUUGCAGCAACUUCUUGACCGCUUCUUGGCUUGUCGUCCAACAGGUAACGCAAGGAACAACAGAGUUGUGAUUGUGGCUCUGUAUCCGAUAGUGAAGGAGAGUUUUCAGAUAUAUUACGAUGUAACGGAGAUAAUGGGUAUCUUGAUCGAUCGAUUCAUGGAGUUAGACAUCCCUGAUUCGAUCAAGGUCUAUGACAUUUUCUGUCGGGUCUCGAAACAGUUUGAGGAGCUCGAUCAGUUCUACUCCUGGUGUAAGAACAUGGGGAUCGCACGGUCUUCUGAGUAUCCAGAGAUAGAGAAGAUCACACAGAAGAAGCUCGAUCUAAUGGAUGAGUUUAUAAGAGACAAAUCCGCUUUAGAGCUGACCAAGAAAUCAAAAUCUGUUAAAUCCGAUGAAGAAGACGAUGAUGCGAAAACAGAAGAAGUCAAUGAAGAGCCAGAAGAUAUGAAUGCGAUCAAGGCCUUACCUGAGCCUCCACCAAAAGAAGAAGAAGAAGAAGAAAAGCCAGAGGAAGGAGCAAAGGAAGAAGUGAUUAUAGAGAAGAAACAAGAAGAAGUUGGUGAUUUGCUGAAUCUUGUGGAUAUACACGGCAAUGAAGCUGCAGAAGCUGGAGAUAGCUUAGCAUUGGCUUUAUUCGACGGGCCAUACGCGAGCGGUUCGGGUUCGGAGUCAGGUCCGGGAUGGGAAGCGUUUAAGGAUGAUUCUGCGGACUGGGAAACAGCUUUGGUGCAAACAGCUACAAACUUGUCUGGACAAAAGACGGAGCUCGGAGGAGGCUUUGAUAGGUUGUUGCUUAACGGAAUGUAUCAGCACGGCGCUGUGAACGCCGCUGUACAAACCUCCAAUGCUUAUGGAGCCAGUGGAAGCGCGAGCAGUAUGGCAUUUGGCUCUGCAGGAAGACCAGCAGCAACGAUGCUGGCACUUCCGGCACCAGCUACGGCUAGUGGAAACAGCAACAGUCCGGUUCCGUUGGAUCCAUUUGCGGCGUCGUUGGAGGUUGCGCCGCCACCGUAUGUUCAGAUGAAUGAUAUGGAGAAGAAACAGAGGAUGUUGAUGGAAGAACAGAUGAUGUGGGACCAAUACUCAAGAGAUGGAAGACAAGGACACACGAACAUAAGGCAAAACCAAAACCAGUCUAGUUACUCUCAGUAUUAA